GCGCGCGUCUCCUCUCGCCGGCCGCCGCGCUCGGCGGCGCGGAAUAGAAUGAACUGUAACAAAACAAGCCGAGCCUUUGUAUCUGCUUAAAGGGGCCGCGGGCACUUCCCUCCCGUCCCCCUCCACCCCCGCUCCGCAACCGCGUCUCCAGGGCUCCCAGCAACUGGCUGGAAGGGCUUCCCUCACCCUCAGGAACAGCCCGCCAGCGAGGAAAGGCGAGCCAGGCGGGAGGCAAAGAGGACACCGCGUUUCUAAGAGGCAAGAAAGAAAGGAAGGAAGGAAAAAAAUAACCCGAGCGGCGCAGAGUGGACUCUGGUCCCGGAGAGCACGGUCGGGCGCCGGAACGUGGACCUAGAGGCACCGGAAUGCAAACAAAGCUCGCGGGCGCUUGUGCAGGGCUCGCGGGGAAGCCCAGAAAGUUUGUUUUAUGAUGGCUUGAGUGCGCGAGUGUGUGCAGGGGAGCGAGGCUGCCAAGUUUCUCUCUCCCGUUGCCUUAUUUGAGGGGAGAUGUCUCUCCCAUGAACCAGCGGAGGCUUGGGGGCUUGUGCUGUGGGGGGCACCUGUCUCUCAUUUUCUGAUUAUUUUUUUGGGGGGGGAGGAGGGGUGUAACUCAUCAUGUCGAAAGUGAUCCAGAAGAAGAACCACUGGACUAGCAAGGUUCACGAAUGCACCGUGAAGCGGGGACCCCAGGGCGAGCUUGGGGUGACGGUGCUCGGGGGCGCGGAGAACGGGGAGUUUCCGUAUGUCGGAGCGGUGGCGGCGGCGGCGGCGGGGCUCCCCGGCGGCGGCGAGGGCCCGAGACUGGGCGAGGGGGAGCUGCUUCUGGAGGUGCAGGGGAUCCGGGUGUCCGGCUUGCCCCGCUAUGACGUGCUGGGAGUCAUCGACAGCUGCAAGGAGGCCGUCACCUUCAAAGCCGUCAGACAAGGAGGAAAGCUGAACAAGGACCUGCGACAUUUUCUCAAUCAGCGGUUCCAGAAAGGGUCUCCUGAUCAUGAGCUCCAGCAGACCAUAAGGGACAACCUUUACCGCCAUGCUGUGCCUUGCACAACCCGAUCUCCAAGAGAAGGAGAAGUGCCUGGCGUGGACUAUAACUUUCUGACUGUGAAGGAGUUCUUGGACCUUGAGCAAAGUGGGACUCUUCUGGAAGUUGGCACCUAUGAAGGAAACUAUUAUGGGACACCCAAACCUCCUAGCCAGCCAGUCAGUGGGAAAGUGAUCACGACGGAUGCCUUGCAAAGCCUUCAGUCUGGCUCCAAGCAGUCCACCCCAAAGCGAACCAAGUCCUACAAUGAUAUGCAAAAUGCUGGCAUAGUCCCUGCGGAGAAUGAGGAGGAGGAUGACGUUCCUGAAAUGAGCAGUAGCUUUACAGCCGAUUCUGGUGACCAAGAAGAGCACACUCUCCAAGAAACAACGCUACCACCAGUGAAUAGUAGCAUCAUCGCUGCUCCCAUCACGGACCCUUCUCAGAAGUUCCCUCAAUACCUACCUCUUUCUGCAGAGGAUAAUUUAGGUCCUCUACCUGAAAACUGGGAGAUGGCCUAUACCGAAAAUGGAGAAGUCUAUUUUAUAGACCAUAAUACAAAAACAACAUCUUGGUUAGACCCUCGGUGCCUGAACAAGCAGCAGAAGCCUCUGGAAGAGUGUGAAGAUGAUGAAGAAGGGGUCCACACCGAGGAGCUGGACAGUGAACUAGAACUGCCUGCUGGUUGGGAAAAGAUUGAAGACCCUGUCUAUGGUAUCUACUAUGUAGACCACAUCAACAGGAAGACACAAUAUGAGAACCCGGUUUUAGAAGCCAAACGGAAGAAGCAGAUUGAGCAGCAGCAGCAGCAGCAGCAACAGCAACAGCAGCAGCCAGAAGAAUGGACAGAAGACCAUUCAUCGCUUGUGCCUCCUGUAAUUCCAAACCACCCCCCAAGCAAUCCGGAGCCAGCCAGAGAAGCUCCGCUUCAGGGCAAACCCUUUUUUACACGAAACCCUUCUGAGUUGAAAGGCAAGUUCAUUCACACAAAGCUGCGGAAAAGCAGUCGUGGCUUUGGCUUCACGGUUGUUGGAGGGGAUGAACCUGACGAGUUUCUGCAGAUCAAGAGCUUGGUCCUCGAUGGUCCCGCCGCGUUGGACGGCAAGAUGGAAACAGGAGAUGUAAUUGUCAGUGUGAACGACACCUGUGUUUUGGGACACACACAUGCGCAAGUUGUGAAAAUCUUUCAGUCCAUUCCCAUUGGUGCCAGUGUGGACCUUGAACUCUGCCGAGGUUAUCCAUUGCCUUUUGACCCAGAUGACCCCAAUACGAGUUUAGUGACCUCGGUGGCCAUUUUGGAUAAAGAACCAAUUAUUGUGAAUGGGCAAGAGACCUACGAUUCGCCAGCUAGUCACAGUAGUAAAACAGGCAAAGUCAACGGCAUGAAGGAUGCCAGGCCAAGCAGCCCGGCUGACGUGGCUUCGAAUGGUUCCCAUGGUUACCCCAAUGACACUGUCUCUUUGGCUUCCUCCAUAGCCACUCAGCCGGAACUCAUAACUGUUCAUAUAGUCAAAGGGCCGAUGGGCUUUGGUUUUACCAUCGCAGACAGUCCUGGUGGUGGCGGCCAAAGGGUGAAACAGAUUGUUGACAGUCCAAGGUGCCGAGGCCUGAAAGAAGGGGAUCUUAUAGUGGAAGUUAAUAAGAAGAACGUGCAGGCACUGACUCACAACCAAGUUGUGGAUAUGCUGAUUGAAUGUCCGAAGGGAAGUGAGGUCACGUUGUUGGUGCAACGAGGAGGGCUGCCCGUUCCCAAGAAGAGCCCAAAGUCGCAACCACUGGAAAGAAAAGACAGCCAGAAUAGUUCUCAGCACAGUGUCUCCAGCCACCGAAGCCUGCACACGGCGUCCCCAAGCCACGGCACACAGGUGCUCCCCGAGUACCCACCUCCUGCAGAGGCUCCAGCUCCUGACCAAACCGACAGCUCUGGGCAGAAAAAACCAGAUCCUUUUAAAAUCUGGGCCCAGUCCAGGAGCAUGUAUGAAAACCGACCUAUGUCACCUUCGCCUGCGUCGGGAUUGAGCAAGGGUGAAAGAGAAAGAGAAAUCAAUUCCACGAAUUUUGGAGAAUGUCAGAUUCCAGAUUACCAAGAACAGGACAUCUUCCUCUGGAGAAAAGAGACUGGAUUUGGAUUUAGGAUUCUGGGUGGAAAUGAACCGGGGGAACCUAUUUAUAUUGGUCACAUUGUCCCAUUGGGUGCUGCUGAUACAGACGGCCGCCUGAGGUCUGGGGAUGAAUUAAUCUGUGUGGAUGGGACACCAGUAAUUGGAAAAUCACACCAGCUUGUGGUCCAGCUUAUGCAACAAGCUGCCAAGCAAGGCCACGUCAACCUCACAGUGCGGCGCAAAGUGGUAUUUGCGGUCCCCAAAACAGAGAACGAGGUGCCCUCGCCAGCCUCAUCUCAUCACAGUAGCAACCAGCCGGCCUCACUGACCGAGGAGAAGCGCACCCCGCAGGGCAGCCAGAAUUCCUUGAACACGGUGAGCUCGGGCAGUGGCAGCACCAGCGGCAUCGGCAGCGGCGGAGGCGGUGGCAGCGGUGUGGUGAGCACCGUGGUGCAGCCCUACGACGUGGAGAUCCGGCGCGGGGAGAACGAGGGCUUCGGCUUCGUCAUCGUGUCGUCGGUGAGCAGGCCCGAGGCGGGCACGACUUUCGCAGGCAAUGCAUGUGUGGCUAUGCCUCACAAAAUAGGUCGGAUUAUUGAGGGGAGCCCUGCUGACCGAUGUGGCAAGCUGAAAGUAGGAGACCGGAUCUUGGCAGUAAAUGGAUGUUCCAUCACCAACAAGUCCCAUUCAGACAUUGUCAACCUAAUCAAGGAAGCGGGAAACACAGUUACCCUCCGCAUCAUUCCUGGGGAUGAGUCUUCGAAUGCCACUUUGCUGACCAAUGCGGAGAAGAUUGCCACCAUCACCACCACACACACCCCUUCUCAGCAGGGGCCCCAGGAGACCAGGAGUACCACCAAACCAAAGCCGGAAUCUCAGUUUGAGUUCAAAGCACCCCAGGCAACACAGGAGCAAGAUUUUUACACUGUGGAACUGGAAAGAGGAGCCAAGGGAUUUGGCUUCAGUCUUCGAGGGGGCCGAGAGUAUAACAUGGACCUCUAUGUUCUGCGCUUAGCAGAGGAUGGUCCUGCAGAAAGGUGUGGAAAGAUGCGGAUUGGUGAUGAAAUUUUAGAGAUCAAUGGGGAGACCACCAAAAACAUGAAGCAUUCUCGGGCUAUAGAACUGAUUAAGAAUGGUGGCCGCAGGGUGCGUCUGUUUCUGAAGCGAGGAGAUGGCUCGGUACCAGAAUAUGACCCCAGCAGCGACCGGAACGGCCCCCCCGCCGGUCCACAAGGUGUUCCGGAAGUGAGGGCCGGGCCAUCCGACCGCCGACAGCAUCCAUCAUUGGAGUCCAGUUAUCCACCCGAUCUUCACAAAUCAUCACAACAUGGGGAAAAGCGGGCACACGUGAAAGAUCCAAAAAGCAGCAGAGAGUAUAACAGACAACCCAAUGAACAUCACACAUGGAAUGGAACUUCUAGAAAACCCGACAGUGGGGCAUGCCGACCCAAGGACCGGGCACUGGAGGGACGAAGAGAUGCACAGCCUGAGCGGAUGGUGACCAAUGGCCCCAAGAGGAGAUCUCCAGAGAAGCGGAGGGAAGGCACCCGGAGUGCUGACAAUACUUUGGAGAGGAGGGAGAAGCAUGAGAAGAGAAGAGAGAUUUCUCCUGAGAGGAGGCGAGAGCGGUCACCGACCCGCAGAAGAGACAGCUCUCCCAGCCGUCGGAGGAGGUCUCUCGAAAGACUCUUGGAUCAGAGAAGGUCUCCAGAGCGAAGGAGAGGGAGCUCGCCUGAAAGGAGAGCAAAAUCAACCGACCGGAGGCGAGCAAGGUCCCCCGAGCGGAGGCGAGAGCGGUCACUUGAGAAAAGGAACAGAGAGGACAAAGUCAGCCACCGAGAAAGGGAAGAGACGAGUCUGAAACAGGAUGCCGGCAGAAGUUCCAGACAUCCCCCGGAGCAGAGAAGGCGACCUUAUAAAGAAUGUAGCACCGACCUCAGUAUCUGAGACUCUGAAUCACAUUCCAACCUUUACCGUGUCAAAGGUUCUAAAAGGAAGGUCACAAACUUGAAAUAAUUUAGUUUCUUACCUAAUGAAGCAUCUGACACCUGAUAAUCCUAUGAAUAGCAACAAACAUUUUAUGAUUUGAAAUCUUAUAAGAAAAAAAUAUAUAUGAAAAGUGUUGUGCCUGAUGUAUAAUAUUAAAGAAAGUAUUUUUAAAUGCAUACUUUUUUGGAAAUUAUUUGCCAAAUGCUGCCCCAAAGGGAUAUAAAUUUUGUUUCUACAUAAACUGUAGAAUUGUCAAGAAUUGUUCCCUUUUUGGGGCAAUCUUUUUCUCUCCUGGUUAAAUGGGGCUGUUGAUCAUUUUCUCUACGUAAGGGAAAUUACUAAGUUUAAUUUGAUGUAGACUGUUAUGUAGUGAUGUAGUGCUGUACUGUACUUAGGAGUUUUUCUUAAAAAAGAAAAGGAGCAAAAAGGCAAAAGUUCUAUUUGUGAAAGCUGAGGACUCUUUGGGAUGGGUUAGGAUUGUCAAUGAUCCUAAAAUUAAGCAAACUGUGUGAAGAGACUACUAUUGCAAAUGAAGGAUAUUUAUAGCUAAACUACACAGCACAAAGCAAUGUUAGCUUCUUGAGUUAUAGACGGUUUAGAAAAUAGUUGGUACUCUCCCUCGUCGCCUAAAGGUGCAGAGGAGAAAGUUGGCCUCCGUUACCCAAAUGCAGCCCAAGCACAGUUGGUUAGGUUCAUUAGCAUCACCAACAUCUAAUAAGAUCUCAUUAAGGCAGUGCCAUCACAGCUUUGCUCAACUACUAGAAGGAAUGGACAACGCGUAUCUUCUAUGUUAUCUUGUCUGAUUUGAGACCGAAUAGUAGAUGGAAUGAGGGACAGUGUGCCCAAUGUGAGGGAGCCGGAAGAAUCCCCAAUAUGGAAAGUAUGUUCCCCCUUGUUAGCAUAAGCCCCAGGUUGCCCUUUGCCAAACUGAGGAGGAGGGAAUGAGCUGUAGUGGAAGAUACCUCUCUAUUGAUAUUUAAAGAAGUGAGGGUUGGGGAUGCUUAUUCUUAGAAAUGCCAAUUUCCCUUUGAAUCCAUAAUAAAAGUCUCCAUGAUGAUUGAAGGGGAAAGAAGGAUGCAAUCCCAGUGGUUCUAGAUCUAGUUGGCAAACCUCUGCCCUCAUGACCCUGUCCUUUGAGUCUUUGGACAGCAGAACAAAACGGAGUGAUUUGUCUUUUUAAAAAGACUCCUUCUUUUGCAAUCCCGCAGAAGGUGUGGUUGGGUCGGCUGUAGCCCCGGGAUGUGGUUGAAAUGGAUUACUGCCUAGCUGAGCCAAAACGUUUGCUUGUACCUGUUGGACCACUACAGCAAACCGCUGCUUACAGUGCAUUGUGUAUUUCUGUAGUACUGUUUUGCAUUUUCCAUACAGACACAAAACUUUGCAAGUCAAUCACUGUUGUUCUCAUGGUACUGUUUAAAAAAAAAAAAAGGAAAAAGGAAAAAAAAGCAAACGGAGAAAACCAGCCAAUCAUUGUGUGUACAGAGUUAAAAAUUGUAAUUAAUAGAGCCUGUUUAAAAAAAAAAACAACUGUUGCCUUUUUUUCUUGUAUAAAAGAGAAUUUAUGACAAAAAAUUUAGCUGUGAGAAAUGUGAUAUGUGUUUAUAUUUCUGAAUAUGGAACAAAUUGAUUCAGUGGGAUAUAUUUUAAUGUAAACUAAAUCAGGUAUGUAAAGCUGUUUUAAAAUGGGAGACUAUAUAAGUGAUUCUCUAAAGCUUUAGUUGGUUUGCAUAUCCUCAUUUCCUCCGUGGUGAGCCUGCUAGUGAGUUAUUGAGCACUUGUUGGCGUUCUCUGUUCUUCACUCAUUUCUUGCAGUGUGCUAUGGACUUAAUGCUCUUUCUGUAUUGAUGAAAAGCAGUAUGUGGGCCAAUCUUUUUAUAAAACACUAUGCAUAUAUAAAUAUUACAUCGUUCAUAGCUUUAUUUGACUUAUGGGUUUAUACAUAACAUUAGAAUGAGUAGCUGUAGUUGUCUGGACAUGCACAAAGCAAGUUCCUUUCCUGGAACAGACACAAUGUACAUUCUAUAGCUAAAAAAGGAGGAAGUCUGUGACGGCUAUUUUUGUUAUUCAAGUUUUCCAUACAAAGCAUACGUGGAGCUGUAGUAGUAAGGCUGAGAGAGAAUACAACUGAAUAAUGAUGUUCUUUUUCAUUGAUUUCCUAAGAGCCGACUUGGGGAUUUUAUUCUCACGGCUUCACUGCUAGGAAUUGUCUCACUGUUUUUAGCAAAAUCUGUGAUGUUAAAUGAUCGAUGCUCUCAUUGUGGUCCAGAGUUUUAGAUAAAUGAAAUCAAGGUGGAUUUUUGGAGUACAUCGUGAAGUUAACAUCUUGACGUCUUUCUUGUUGUCAGAGAGGAUAUUUGACAUUUUAAAAUCUAUGUGCUACUCAUCUGGGCUUGGCUCAGUCCUUGAAGACUUUUGGUGUGGCAGUUUCAUCUGAUUGCCACGCAUCAGAUUUGCUUUGGAAAUAUUGUACUGUACAGGGACUAUGCAUUAAGCAGAAAGAUAGAGUUUUCUCUGAACUACUGUAACCUUAAAUUGGAGACUGAUUCUUGUGAGCCUACUUUCCCUAAUCCCCCACUUCAUGUAAAUGUCUUGAUGAAAGAUGAUGGAUGAGUAUUUUGUAUGAUUAAAUCAAACCAUUGAGGAAUUCCCCUCCCACCCAUUACACAGUUGAUGCCUGAAAGAAUGUUGGGGGGAGAACUCAACACCCUACUUGUAUUUUUUAAGUUUCUUUUGUGAAAGAUUUUUUAAUGCAUUUUUACUGUAAAAAUACAUGGAAAUGUAUGCAUUCCAUAACCAC